AUGGUCGAGAACACCGGGUAGGUGGCUUCAAGUUAAAUAUAUGUUUUUUAACCACAAUCUCCGCCAUUUCCGGCUUUCAGAUUUUUCAAAAAUAAAGUAGUUCUGUUGUCCGGCGGCUCUCGAGGAAUUGGCCUGGCCAUUGCCAAGAAAUUGGCCAAGGAUGGAGCAAAAGUUGUGAUUGCGGCCAAGACCGCCGAGCCUCAUCCAACGCUGCCAGGUAGGCAUUAAAAAAUAUUGCUUUUUUAUUUAUACUACAUAGUAUUUAUGGAUAUAUAUACAUACACAUACUCUUCAUUGCCGCUCACUUUUUCCCCUUUACUUCAGGCACGAUUUACACAGCGGCCAAGGAAAUAGAAGAGGCCGGAGGACAAUGCCUCCCAGUUGUGAUGGACGUCCGUAAAGAAGCCGACAUUCAGAAGGCCGUAAAAGCGGCGGUCGAUCAUUUCGGAGGGAUCGAUAUUCUGAUCAACAAUGCUUCGGCGAUUGGAUUAACAGGGACUUUGGAGACAGACAUGAAAAGAUACGACCUGAUGCAACAGAUCAAUACGAGGGGAACGUUUUUACUGUAGGUUGGAAAGGUUGUUGGUCUUUGAAAAAAAGAAUUGGGGUUGAAUUUCCACUAGGGGCUUCACUUGAAUUUUUUAGUUUUUGAAGAAGUAACAUGGAUCUUUACUAUGUAUUGUUUGUCAAAAGACUAGUGUCUGAAAAGUCACCUUGGCAGUUCCUUCAAAAGACUUGCUGGAUUAUGAGGAUUGAACUUCGGAUCUGUGCGUAGCUCUUGAAAAGAUCUAAAGCGUACCUCUAUCACCCACUCAUUAGGCCAAAAAAGGCCAGUAGGCUCUUUAGAAAGCAUUAAGAUCUUGUCUUUAUGUCUUCUGCUUACUCAAUCUUUAAUUUUCAGCUCCAAGACCUGCAUCCCCUACCUCAAAAAGUCCUCCAAUCCCCACAUCCUCAACAUCUCCCCACCUCUUCUCAUGGACCCGCAAUGGUUCCAAUACCACACCGCCUACACCAUCGCCAAAUACGGAAUGAGUAUGUGUGCGCUGGGAAUGGCCAAGGAGUUGGCAGACGACGGAAUCGCCGUCAACUGUUUGUGGCCAAGAACCGGGAUUUGGACGGCGGCCAUAAAAUUGACCAACAAAGAAAAGGACGCGCAAAAAUAUUGCAGGAAAGAUACGAUCAUGGCAGAUUCGGCGUACUUGAUUCUCAGUCAAGACAGUAAAAAAUUCACGGGAAGAUUUGUGAUCGACGAUGAGAUUCUGCAAGAGAAUGGGGUCACUGACUUUGAUCAGUACAAAUUCCAUAAGGAUGAUGCAGUCGCGUAUGAUUUCUUCGUGCCUGGAGUCAAAUACUAUGGACCGCUUGUUAAGUCUAGAAUGUAA